GAACUCCUCAUGGUGUUAAAGAACAUUCACAAAGAAAAGGAAGAGGAGACGCUAAAAGUAGUUAUAUGGUGUCACCUCGGCCAUGCCUACAUAAAGGAAGUAGGCGAAGCCGAUGAAGAAGAGGACUAUUUCACUCUUGCCGAAAUCAAAGAAAAACUCGAGGAAGAAGGAAGCUGGAAGACCUCAAUCUUCGAAGGUGGCUUAGACGAUACAGAAAUUGAGCGAAUUGAGAAGCAUCUGGAAUCCCAUGCAGUUAAGGAAGACAUCAGAUAUGACUUUACCUUCCUCACUCCCUCUUGCAGAGAUGUUCGUGUUAAGGCAUGGCUUACUGAGAAGGAUGCUGCACAAGAAGACGACGAGACAACCUCCAUGGCGUUCUCUCGCAAUGCACCAAUUCGUGUCAAGAACAUCUUGACUCGCGCGUUGCCUGAUGGGCAGGGUGAUUCAUCAAACACGCCAUGUUUUUACAUGUGCUCUCAGUAUCAGCACAAAAUGAAAGUAGACAUCUUGAUGGCUUCCAAGAAAUUUGACUACCGUUUGUUAAUAAGAACAUGCAGAAGCUAUGUCGCAAAAACACCAGAAGCCGAAGAAGAAGACAAAAUUCUAGAAAGUUACCUGGUGGGAAUGAAGAUUGAAGAUGGUCAGCUGGUGUUGCCACCAGUCUCCGAGCGUCCAGACGGGUUUGACCUGUUUUACCAGCGCCGCAGUCUGAGGAAAACUUACCAGUGUGAAAUAGAUGGAGAACAGUUCAGCUUGAUUGUUUGUAAAGAUCAAGCAAAUACCGCGGAUCCCAUCGAGACUGAAGUGAAGGACUUUCAUACUGUAGCCACAAAGACUGACAUACAUCUUCACUGUGAGGAAUGGGACCAAGCGCUUGCUGAAGGAAAUGACUGGGAACCAGAACAGAUAGUCGACAAACUACCUUCUUUUUUACAAUUUCUAAGAGAAGUUGAGAUAAACGUAACUGGUGGCCAGUGAAGGGGUUGUUUUAAUGCCGACUCAACUCUUUAUUACAAAACACUCAGAGUGACUUUAAUUUCUUCAGAGUCACCUUGGAAAAAAGUAAAGGAUUCUGGUUGUUGUAGUCAAAUGACGUCAUCAUGCAAAUUACCUACUGAGCCACUUGCUUUGUAAACUUCAAUAAAACACAACAAAACAAAGAGA